AAAAGUAAGGGAAAGUUGUGUUGUUUUAUUGUCUCUUCAAGCAAAAACACUUACUGACCCCAUACUGACCAAACUACCUGCUCCUUUUUACAUAGCUAAUAGUCAACAUUGACAUGUGAUCCCAUUUACAACAUUAGUAAUCCAGAUUUGCUAAUCUGAAAAACUGUGGAUCUGGAUCAGGUAUACUUUUCAACAUGUUAUUUCUAAUUAUUUUAAAGCUCACCUGAAAGUACAAGCAUACGCAAUAACUAAGUUAUAAAUGCAGAAAUUUUUAUGAAAAUUGUGACUUCGGAAUUCUCCCUCAGACGCGCGUCCCCGCAGAUAGAAAGCGCGCUCAUGCAUACUUCUGUGAGGGAGCGAAAAAUCUGACAACAAGAGUUGCAGAAGUAAAGACAGCGGAUGUGAUCGGAUAACACUCAGAUGUCAUUCGACCUUUUGAACCCAACUAAAAGACAUCUUUAAUCAGAAAUAUUAUUAAUCUCUAGUUGUUGACCUUUAUUUUUAUCAUUUUUACAAGAGUUCGCAUUUUUGUACAAGGAUGAAUAAGGUGGCAGUUUUUGUGAUCGUUUUUACAAGCCAUUUCUUCACAUCUCACGGGCAAGACUGUUGGUGUGGACAGGAACUCCAAAACAAUGUCCGACAGUUUCAAAAGCUUCUGUCCGCUCACGAGACGUCAUUCCUACACAGUCUACGGAGCUUCCGCAAGAAACUCAACCUGUUACAAAACGGCACAGUUAAACACAACAAACUCAACACAGGCUGCCCUGCUCCUGAGCCGCUGGCUAAUGGGCGAAUCCUGGGCCGUGUGUUUAAAGUGGGCCACGAGAUCCACUUCUUGUGUAGUCCUGGGUUUCAGCUGAUAGGACCGGAGACCAGACUAUGCCUUGAUUCCCAGAUCUGGAGUGGAAAACAACCGUCCUGCAAGUUUGUGGACACCACUGAAUACAACAAUGCAUCAGCACCUUCUUCCUCAUCUUCCUCUCAUCCUCAAACCUUCACACGACCACCCCGCUGUAUUGAUUUCCUGGGCUCCACUCACUGCACAUGUGAUCAGGGCUUCAGUAUCUCCAGCCAGAACACAACUCUGUGCACAGACAUUGAUGAAUGUGAGCUCUUCCAUCAAACCCAACCUGGCCGUCUGUGUUUGCACACCUGUGUGAAUACAUUUGGAAGCUUCAUCUGUCAGUGUCCAUCAGGUUACAGCCUUGGUCGUGAUAGCAGAAGCUGCUACGACAUGGAUGAGUGUGCGACAGGGAUUCAUAACUGCAAUGGUGAGCAGGUGUGUGUGAAUACACAUGGAGGUCAUCGCUGUAUGGAGGUGGAGUGCCCUCGCUUUCGAAACGCCACAUACGUUAAAACCUCAGCGCUGCGCUGUGACCGUAACCCUUGCCUUCAAGAGGAUAAACUCUGUCUCCAAGCACCGGUCUCUGUUAACUUUCAUUUCAUGUCUGUGGUAUCCAACAUGUCAACACCCACCGUCCUCUUCCAGUUAUCCGCUGCACGUGUCCUGGGCGACACGUUCCGAUUCGGUCUGCUGGGUAACCGUGGACUCCAGCACUUCAGCAUUCAGCGGUCAGGCAGACAGACGGGAGAGCUGGUGCUGGUGAACUCCGUCCAGGGCCCUGCAACGCUACAGGCCGACAUAGAAAUGAGCGAGAUGGAAAGGAGAGUGCUGCUCGGUCGAUAUGUCACAAAGGUUACUCUCCUCGUGUCCCCAUAUACCUUUUAAAGACCACAGGAGACAGACUGACAAUACUGUGAAAUAAUUCACAGGCGGGAUAUUGGCACACGCGCCUGGGGCUGCAAGAUAGUGGCGCUAUUAUACUCAUUUCUAAGGUGACGAUUUAAGAGGACAAUGAACUUUUUAUUGCAAGCUGAGAGUAAUUUUCGUCUUCAGAGUAGAUUAAAGGGGGGGG